AUGGAGUUUGCUAAAAUUUUAAAAAGUUUCACCAUUCUCCUGUUUAUUGGAUGUACUUUGGUGCAUGGAUCCACUCCAAAGCAUUAUAUAAUUUAUAUGGGAGAUCAUUCACACCCUAAUUCAGAGUCUGUCAUCAGAGCAAACCAUGAGAUACUAGCUUCAGUCACCGGAAGUCUCAGUGAUGCAAAGGCAACAGCACUACACCAUUAUAGUAAAAGCUUUCGAGGCUUUUCGGCUAUGAUUACGCCAGAACAAGCUAAUAAGCUUUCAGAAUAUGAUUCAGUUGUGUCUGUUUUUGAGAGCAAAAUGAAUAUGCUCCACACUACACAUUCUUGGGAUUUUCUUAGAUUAGACUCAGUCUAUAAGGGCAACCAUAUAGGUCUAGACUCCACAUCCAAUGUCAUUGUUGGUGUCAUUGACUCAGGGGUGUGGCCGGAAUCGGAAAGCUUCAAUGAUUAUGGAUUAGGUCCCGUGCCUGAGAAAUUCAAGGGAGAGUGUGUUACUGGUGAAAAUUUUACGCUUGCUAACUGCAACAAGAAAAUUAUCGGUGCACGAUUCUAUUCAAAAGGGAUUGAAGCAGAAAAUGGUCCUCUAAAAGAUGUCAACAAGAUUUUCUUCAGGUCAGCUAGAGACAGUGAUGGACAUGGAACACACACAGCUUCAACAAUUGCAGGAUCCAUUGUAGCCAAUGCUAGCUUAUUUGGCAUGGCCAAAGGAACAGCUAGAGGCGGUGCUCCAAGUGCAAGACUAGCUAUCUACAAGGCUUGUUGGUUUGGACUUUGCAGUGAUGCUGAUGUUCUUUCUGCUAUGGAUGAUGCCAUUCAUGACGGUGUUGACAUACUUUCUCUUUCUCUUGGUCCUUUUCCUCCACAGCCGAUUUACUUUGAGAACGCAAUCAGUGUUGGAGCAUUCCAUGCAUUCCAAAAGGGAAUUCUUGUUUCUGCUUCAGCUGGAAACUCAGUUUUUCCUCGUACUGCAACCAAUGUUGCUCCUUGGAUCCUGACUGUUGCUGCUAGUACGGUAGACAGAGAAUUCAGUUCAAAUAUCUACCUCGGUAACUCAAAAAUUUUGAAGGGUCUUUCUCUGAAUCCAAUAAAAAUGGAGGGUUAUCAUGGUUUGAUAUAUGGAAGUGCAGCUGCAGCCUCUGGAGUUUCCGCAACAAAUGCUAGCUUCUGCAAGAACAAUACUCUAGACCCUAACUUAAUCAAUGGAAAAAUUGUUAUCUGCACAAUAGAAAAAUUCACUGACAAAAGAGACCAAAAAGCCAUAAUAGUAAGGCAAGGUGAUGGUGUUGGAAUGAUACUUAUUGACCAUAAUGCCAAAGAAGUUGGUUUUCAGUUUGUUAUUCCAACCACUCUUAUUGGUCAGGAUGCUGUAGAAGAGCUUCAAGCAUACAUAAACACCGAUAAGAAUCCCAUUGCUAAAAUCUAUCCAACAGUAACUGUUGUUGGUACCAAACCUGCUCCGGAAGCAGCAGCUUUCUCUUCCAUGGGGCCAAAUAUAAUUACACCAGAUAUUAUUAAGCCUGACAUAACAGGACCUGGAGUGAAUAUUUUAGCAGCAUGGUCUCCAGUGGCUACUGAAGACACAGUUGAACAAAAAUCUGUCAACUAUAACAUCAUUUCAGGAACAUCGAUGUCUUGUCCGCACAUAUCCGCAGUUGCGGCAAUUAUUAAAUCUUACAACCCAUCAUGGACUCCUGCAGCUAUAAUGUCAGCAAUAAUGACAACCGCAACAGUACUGGAUAACACAAACCAUCUCAUAGGAAGAGAUCCAAAUGGAACUCAAACAACUCCAUUCGACUACGGAUCCGGACACAUCAAUCCACUUGCAUCACUCAAUCCCGGAUUAAUAUACGAUUUUAGUUCACAAGAUGCUCUCAAUUUUCUCUGCAGCAAUGGUGCAAGCCCAUCACAGCUUAAAAACAUCACUGGUGAACUCACUCAAUGUCAGAAAUCUCCUACACCUUCCUACAACUUCAAUUACCCUUCAAUUGGUGUAUCCAACUUGAAUGGAAGUUUAUCUGUUUAUCGAACCGUUACAUACUAUGGUCAGGAACCAGCAGUGUAUGUUGCAAGUGUUGAAAAUCCAUUUGGUGUGAAUGUUACGGUUACGCCGGUGGUACUGAAGUUCUGGAAAAUAGGAGAGAAGCUAACUUUUAGGAUUGACAUCACCCCUUUUGUGAAAAGCAAUGGAAACUUUGUGUUUGGUGCCUUGACAUGGAAGAAUGGUAGACAAAGGGUUAGAAGUCCUAUUGGUGUUAAUGUAGUAUCUAUAUAGAGUUAAGUGCUUAUUGGCUUGUACUAUAAGAAAAUGCAUUUACAUUAC